AUGCUCGUGGUCAAGCUCGCAAACAAGGAAAAGGAAGUGGAAAUCUUGCGGUGCAAGCAGAACGUGGUGGAUCAGCAGUUCGCAGGAUACGAUCGGCAACUACAGCAACAGCAGGAAGCGCAUGCACGGGUCGUUGGUGAAAUGACGGUGAUGAACCAGGAGCUGCAGCGACAAGUGCAACUUCUGCAGAUCGAGUGUGAACGGCUUCAAGUUGAUAGUGAAGCGCAACACGCUGCUGCACUUGAGCAGAGGAGGCUGCGUGAGAAAGAGCAAACACAAACCAGGCUCAAUAACGAGACAAGCCAACGAGUUGUGCAAGAGCUACGAGUAGAACGACAACAGAUUGCCAACGAUCGAUUCGCUCUAGAAAGCACAAUACAGAGAAUGCUACAGGAUCAGCAGGCUCAAAGCAGCUCGCUAGCUCAGCUCGAAGCGAGGUGUGCUCAGCUCGAAGACGAGCUUCAAAGUGCAGAAGAAAGUUGCCAGCAGCUCCAAGAGGCUUUGGGACACGAAGGGCAGCAGCGUAAGGAUGUUGAAGCAACUUCGAGGAAGCUCGAGGAGGAGAAACUUGCUCUGGAAGAGAAGCAGCGGGCACUGAUGAAGACGGAGGCUGACUGA